UGGGCUCUGCCGCCACCCUUGUCGUUACCAUGAAGUCGCCUCUGCAAAAGGGGGCUGCAGCCGCCGCUCAAGAGGAGCGAUGGAGGAAACUACAAGAAUAUUUAGCAGCCCGAGGAAAGCUAAAGCAAUCCAGUGCCAAGCCAUACUUAAAGGACAAGACUAAUCAGCAGAACCUGGUUCCCUCCAAAUCAGACCCUACCAGGUGUAAAAAAAACAUUACCCUGAACAAGACAAAAGGUGAGCAGAAGAGGGAAACAAAAUGUUCAGUCCCUGCCAGCCAGGUUCCGCAGAGCAGAUUGUCAGGCGCUCCCAUCUCUCAGAAGCCCCAGAAUGUACCUUCCGAGCGGGGAAGGAAGGGACCGCUGCGCACUCUUCCUUUAAAGGCCUCUGCCGAAAACCUCACUGGGAAACAGAGCAUCGCAAUAUCUUCCUCCAAGCAUGGCUUAUGCCAAGUAGGAAAGACUAAAAAGUUGGAGCCAGUCACCAAACCAAAGACUCAAGCACUCCAUCAGAAUGCAAAGGGUUUCACGCACUCAAAUCAUCCUGUGGAGAGCUCGCAAGAAAAGGUGGAUAAGGAGAACUUGGGGAGCAAGCUCAAUCCGAGCCUUGAGAAGAAGGCGGUUGCGAGGCUUGGCCUUCCAUCUGGGUCCCAUACAUUGAACAGCAGGCCAAAUGCGGCCUUUGCUUCACGAGGCAGUAUGCCGGUGAAAAGGAAGCUGCUGGAACAGUGGCUAAAGUCCCAAGGAAAAUCUUACAAGCGGCCAUCGAUGACCCUGCCUGCUGCAAAGUCACGGAAGAAAAAGGAGAGUCUGAAUCAGUCCUUCUGGAGCAGCCUGGGGGAAGAGGAGGAGCGAAUGGAUCACAGCUUGAGGGAUAAGAUCUCAAGUACCUUGAUGGAGUGCCUGAAACUUGCUGAGCAGGGAUUUCCUUCAGAAGAGAUCCUGGCCAUGCUUUCCCAGAUCCCAGAGGCAGAGAAGUUUGCCCAGUUCUGGAUCUGCAAAGCAAAACUGCUGGCACGACAUGGCACGUUCGAUGUGGCUGGGCUGUAUGAAGCGGCUGUUCGUGCUGGGGCUGUACCACUACAGAAAUUGAAGGAGGUUGUCGCUGAUCUUUUGAAGAAUCCAGACAAGACAGCCCAGGUGAUCCCCACUCAAGUUAGCCCUCUCCCUGCCAGGGACCAGGUUGAGAUGAGUCCCCCGAGCACUUUGCGACGCCAGACUUGCAAGCCGGUCUCAGGUAUCAAGCUGCAAGUUGUUCCACUGCUCAGGGCAAAAGAGUGCUGCACCAGGCCAGACACAAAGCUCUUGACUCCCGUGCGGCGUUCCCUGCGGAUAGAAGGUGCCAGUGCUUGCUACCCAGACAUGCUGAAGGACCACGACACAGUAGUGACUUCGCUCGAUCAACUUAGGGCCACGGAUCAUGGAAGCCUCUUUGUGUUCCGCAAAAAUGAAGCUUUGCCAGAGGAUGUCGAAGUGGAGCUCUUGAGGUUGUGACCCUACCCCCCCCAACCCUGAACAUGCCUCCCAUACUGUAUGAACUGGGAGGUUCAGUCUCAGUUCUUUUGCCAAAGCCUGUUAGGGCUCAAGGUCUCAAGCUGGCAAAGAGCAACCUGUUUUACUUUAUCAACACUCAAAGCCCUUUGCGCUUUAAAAGCUCACCUCUUCGGUCUCCGGUUCGCCUCUGGGAAAAGGGAGGGAGGCACCCAUUAACAACGCUACUCCCCCAUCCAAGUCUCGGAAAGCUCGGCAGAGUUUACUGAAGAUGAUUACAAAGAAGGAUAACUAACCACUGCACCAUAGCAGUGAGUCUCAAGCAUACUGACAUUCGUCCCGUUUCAUGCUCCCUGGCCUCCGUAGCCUGGGAAGUAAGUUGGCUUUUUUCUAGAGAAAAACAUCCCAUAUUAAACUGUCCGCAGCUGACUCAAGGCCAAGUGGGUAAUUAUUAUUUGCAGCUGUGGAGUUCUUAAAGAGAAAAGAAAACUCCAAGGUCUUCGGCUAAAACAGUUCACGGGGCUGGAGCUGAAACCACUUAGUGUCUAUUUCAAAUUAACCAUCUAAAAGUGAAAAGAGAAGCACCUGCUGCUUCCAUACACAUACUCAAGUGACAGGUCAAGGAAAUGCAUUAUCCCCCUACCCAGAAUAUCACCUCUAGGUUUCUACAGGCCUGGCCCAUGGAGCUCACUGUCUCUCUGUCCUGUUACAGCUGUGUAAAUAGACUGGACACGUAAGAAAAGUCACAAAAUAAUUAUAACUUUCGCAAUAUAGGUAUCUUUAUUUUUGUUGGAAGAAACCUGUGUGUACAUCUGGCUUUGGGGAGUUGGGGGGGGGGAGGCGGUGCCCUUCUUUCACAGCAAGAUUUCUAUCUUUGAGGAGCUGACUUAGCAGAGGAACA